AUGGUUGAGAAACUCAAUCAUGAACUUUUUCAAAAGUUAACAGAUACAUCAGAAAUGACUUUUCCAUCAAUUCACACAGCAGUCGACCAAGAUCAGGCUGUUCAAUGCCCUGUUGAAUUUCAGAACACACUUAAACCCACUGGAAUGUCACCACAUAACUUAACGCUAAAGCAGGAUGCUCCCAUUAUGUUGCUUAGGAAUCUUGACCCAACUCUCUUGUGUAAUGGAACUCGCUUAAUUGUUACUUCCAUGAAGCCCUAUAUCCUACAGGCAACAAUCAUAACAGGUAGUCACAAAGAAGAAAAUGUCAUUAAUCCAAAAUUUCCUCUCAUACCUACAGAUGUUCCAUUUGAAUUUAAGAUGCUUCAGCUUCCAGUCUGA